AUGGGUCCUCCAGGAUCAGAAACUACACGAUGGGCCAUCCUCAUUGGAGUUGGCGUGACUAUCUCCAGAAAGAACAAAGACUCCAGGGCUCUCGUCUCGGAUAGAUCGCUGCAAGGAGCCGUUAAUGAUAUUCAUUCCAUGGAAAAGUACCUCGAUUCGAGGCGAUUCGCUGUGAAUACAACACGUCUGACGGCUACCAAAUCAAAGGACAGUCCUCUAAAGUCGGCUGAAAGCUUUGAUCAAUUACCAACACUCGACAAUGUGGUUUCAGCUUUAAAGAAGGUUCUAAAGACUUCCAAACAAAAUGACCACGUAUACAUCCAUUAUUCUGGCCAUGGCUCUUGUCGGGCGAUGGACGGUGCAGUUGCGCUUGAACUUGUUAACCCUCUGACCCUUGAAACGGAGUACUUGUACGGAACCGUUCUACGAAGCGCCAUGAACAAGAUGAUAGAAAGGGGCCUCACUGUGACUCUUGUUCUCGACUGUUGCUUUUCGGGAAGUGUACUUCGCGAUGAUAGACCAGAUGUUGGCGAUAUUCGAUAUAUGGAUCACCAUACAGACUAUGAUACUUCGUUCGAUAAUCCUUUUGAUGACACCGAGCCAGAAGAAUUGAGAGAUGGGGUGGUCACUCUCUCAAGGCUUCUAGAUCCUCAAGGUUAUACAAUCAUUGCCGCUUGCGGCCCUCACGAAGUUGCUUCAGAGUUGAAGUUUGAAGGCGGAGCUACAAGCGGAGCAUUGAGCUACUUUCUCAUCAACUCACUCGUGCUCUUGUCAAGACGUGGUACACAAGUCUCUAACGAGAUGCUUCAUCAGCACCUUCGAGCACAAUUUCACGCCCGACUUCCAGACCAGACUCCGAUGCUCUAUGGUCAUCGUGGAUUUGCAUUCUUUGGAGACUUCUCGGGCGACACUAGACACGCCAAUGUCUCUACCACAUCUAUGCAUCGGAGCAUGGAAGAUGACUGCCUUAUUCUCCAUGCUGGGCAAGCUCAUGGAGUUCACAAGAAUGACGAAUAUGCUUUGACACCUUUUGACACAACCAUCAACCCAAAGCAUAGAAAUUCAAUCCGGAGUAGAGUCUACGAAGUCGACUGCUUAUCAUCCAAGAUGGAGACCGUCGACCCGAUAAACAAAGCUGUCAUCGCAAGAGGUUCAACGUGGGAGGCCAAUCUCUUAACAUCCUUUUCACGCCGAAAGAUCCAAAUUUGUCUUGACUUGGACAAGAGUGUCUGUGCGGCUCUCAUCCAAGCAGCAUCAGCUACUACCUACCUUGAAUUAUGCCACAAAUCCUCAACCGACAGGAUGAGAACACCAUUAUCGUAUGUCGUCAUUAAAACGCCGAAAGAUUAUGAGAUCAGAGACCUUACGGCCAAGCAUGCCUGUGUUGUGGCCAGGAUCCCAUACGAAUCGAAAGAGAAUAGUGGAGCUCUAUUUGAUACUUUGGAUCACAUAUCCAGGUACAAGUUCUUUGAGGGUAUCGAGAACCGAUUGUCAAGUUCUGCCUUGGAAAAGUCUUUCUCCUUACAAUACUCAGAACGUCCAAGUCCUGACGGGUGUUUUGACAUCAAACAUGGACAAACUCUAACUAUAACAAUGAAGAACCUCUCAAGCAGACCCUUACAUCUGGGUGUAUACUUGUUUACUGAAUUCUGGGAGAUUCGUAACCUGAUGUCUGAGAGUGGAGAGGAUGCACACGUGACUAUAAAGCCAAAAGGUCACAAAGAUUCAGGAACCCAGGAACUCCCUUUCACUAUGACAGUACCAAAGAUGGCUUCUGACCAACGGUUGUCCGGGACGGAAGAUAUAGUCAAAUUGUUUAUUACUAGCCGACCAUUCGUAUUUCCGGGCAUGGUUCUUUCAAAACUUCAGCACGGAAGAAAUCGGGAGGCGGCAGACCCCUUGGAUUGUUUACUGCAGGGACUAAAUGGCGAUCUUCCGGGCAAAAGAGGCGAUGAGAAGUGUGAAUGGACCACGCGGAACUAUCUAAUUCGCACAUAUCUGUAG